AUGCUGGAACUAGCUGGUGUCAACACGGACGAUCACGUUAGGUUCGAAACCGAGUUUUGCUUUGCGACUUGGGAGGAAGACCCACCUUGGAUCACGAAGGAGUCCUCUACCUCGAACUACAGACGAGUUCUAACUAUGGUGGAGUCAAGAGGUAGAGAACUUCCGUGUUGGGUUCAAACAGCGGAAAACGAGUGCCCUACCAGGACUUUGUUGAACGAAUUUCAACACUUUAUGACUCCAGUUACAUUCUUUAGUUCUGAUAUGACUACAAGGAAAUGUAUCAAACAGUACCAAGCCUGGAAGAAAUGGCAGAUCUUGGACUUUGACCAUGACGAAGACAAGGUCUCGGAGGGAUGGCCAUUUUGGUAUCCAUUGCAACAAUACCCAAGGCCCUUGGAUGAAGCUAGCAAGGAGGAUAUCGACUGGCUAAAUCGUGAGAUGGUCCUUAUGGAGAAUCGUUUUGAGCGGAAACAGAAGUGCAAAUGGCGUAAGGCAGGGCGCAAAGAAGGGCUCUGGAAAUUGAGAGCGAUUCCAGGUAGCUGGGUAGAAGAGACUGGUAUUUAA